AAGAGAAGCCGCAAUAACAUUUAAUCAGAAUUAAAUUAAUGAAAUUUAGAGAGCUACAGAAGCAUAGGAAACCAAACGAAAUUAACAUUCCGCAAUGCCACAGCAGAGACGCAAGGUAGCCUUUAGCGGCAAGAAGAAGAAGGAUCAGAUGUUGCAAAAACGCAACACAAAAGGUCCGCCCAAGUAUUUACGCAGUGCCCAGGAGUCCUACGAGGACAGCGAUGUGCCCGAAACGACGCGGAAGCUCAUGGAGCAGCCGUUCGCUCGGGGUGGAAAUCGCAACAAGAAUGUGAAUCGUUACAAUUUACAAUUCUACCAGGAGGGCAAGAAGGAACUGGAGCAGCUGAAGCUGGAGGGCUUCAAGCCCCUGCAGUCACUCAGUCCCACGGAGCGCGAAAUCGAUGAGCGCUACUUUGCCGGCUGUGAUUUUCCCCUGCGUCCGGCCUGGAGUUUGUCGAGCACCAAAGAACAGCUGGACCGCUGUGAGAAUCGUUACUUUAAGGAUUAUGUGGACGGGCUGCAAAAGAAGCAACGCAGUGGUGACACCAAGGAACUCUCGCUGUUCGAACUGAAUCUGGAAACGUGGCGUCAGCUCUGGCGUGUUCUUGAAUUCUCGGACAUACUGCUCAUCAUUGUGGAUGUGCGUUAUGCCACCCUGAUGUUCCCACCCUCCCUGUACGACUACAUCAUCAACACACUGAAAAAGCAUGCUAUUGUGGUCUUCAACAAGGUUGAUCUCGUCGAACCACAGGUGGUUGUGGCCUGGCGUGCGUACUUUCAGGAGCGCUAUCCCCAGCUGCCGAUCGUUAUGUUUGCCUCGUUCUUGCCACGCUCUCGCAAGGGCUGCCAGCGUGGUCCACAGGCCCACAAGCGCAGCAUGGAGGGUGUCUACAACAUUUAUCGCGAGUGCCAGCGCUAUGUCCAGUCGGAGGUGGAUCUGUCCGCCUGGGAGCAGAAGAUACGCGAGGAUAUGCGGAGCGAUCAGCUGGACAUUCUGGAAGAUGUGGCAGCCGCCGUGGAAGGUGAGCUGAAAAUCAGCAGCAGCAUCGAUACCACGCCCCAUGAGCAUGUCAAAUAUCACAGUGGCGUCCUUACCAUCGGCUGCAUUGGCUUUCCGAAUGUCGGCAAGUCCUCGCUAAUCAAUGCCCUCAAGGGGCGCAAGGUGGUAAGCGUUAGUCGCACUCCCGGACAUACCAAACACUUUCAGACCAUAUUCCUGACACCACUCGUACGGCUCUGCGACUGUCCCGGCCUAGUCUUUCCCUCGACUACGCCAAAGUGCCUGCAAGUGCUGCUUGGCAGCUUUCCCAUCUCCCAGCUGUCUGUGCCCUAUCGCUCCCUGAAGUUUCUCGGCGAGCAUGUGAAUCUGCCGGAACUGUUGCGUCUCCAAUUGCCCGAAGACUAUGACGAGUGGUCGGCUGUGGCCAUUUCCGAUGCCUGGGCCUACAAGCGAGGCUUCCUAACGGCUAAGGCGGCCAGGCCGGAUCGCUAUCGGGCCGCAAAUCACAUUCUGCGCAUGUGCCUGGCCGGACAGCAGCAGCUGGUGCUGCAGUUCUAUCCGCCAGGGUAUGAGGCGCGCCGCGAGCACUGGCUGCAGCAUCCCGAUGUGCCGGAGGUCAAGAAGUACCAACAAGUGGAGCUGCAAGAUGAGCCAGAGAGCGAGACCAAUGGCGAUACCUCCUCCGUUUGCUCGGAUACUGCUGAUAGCGAGGACGAAGACGAGGACAGCUCCAACGAUGAGACUAAUGCCGACGAGGACUCGUGCGCCAUCGAGGAGGAUGAGGCACCACGUUCGCGCAAUGUAUUUGCCCUACUCGAAGACGAAUAAUAAUCCUUCGAACAAACACACAUAAUUUAUUUUUGAUUAUACAUAUAUUUUUUGGUAAUAUACCAUUCGACUAAUGAACCACAAUAAAAUGGAAUUAAAUUA